GACGUACGUGGGCCGGACCCUGAACAGCUACUUGGUCCCACACCCCCACGAUUAGCCCUAACCAAGUUGACCAACUUGAGCGUUUCCCGUCGGAAGAGACGCGCAUGUUAUUCGUGAUGGCUUGCAGUAAUGUACAGAACUUACACCAUGUAGACGCCCACCCAGCAAUCAGGCUGGGCACGCCCUGCGAACGAUUCAUGGACUAUACAUGAAAGCGCUGCUCCAGAAAGGUUGGAUGGAAGUAAUCUUCCAACUGAUAUCAUUUCAAAUGUAUGCUUGAACACUAAAUCCAUCACCUCAUAUUCCUUUCCUCUGUCACCAUGUUCCACAACCCAUCGGCAGCCUCUUGGGAGUACCCUGGACCCUCUGCAAACCCAACAGUUGAGCCCUUCCACCGCACCCUCCCAGAUUACUCCGUCACUCCCCUCAUCCCCCUACCAGACCUAGCCAAACAACUCGGCCUGCGUCAUGUCCUCUUAAAAGACGAAUCCAACCGUCUCGGUCUUCCAGCCUUCAAGAUCCUAGGCGCGUCGUGGGCCAUCCACAAGGCUAUUGCAUCAAAAUGCCACCUCCCACUGUCUGCUACCCUAGAUGAACUUGGCACUGCAGCAAGAGAAGCGGGUAUCGAACUAGUUGCGUGUACGGAAGGGAACUGGGGUAGAGCUGUUUCGCGAAUGGCAAAGUAUCUGGAGAUCAAAGCCGUCGUCUUCGUUCCUGGUUUCAUGGACGAAGCGACGCAAGAGAAGAUCAGGAGCGAAGGCGCAGAAGUGAGAGUGGUAGACGGAGACUACGACGACUCCAUUGCAAAAGCUAGAGAAGAAGCAGAAGGCAAGGGAGCCAUGUUAGUCAUGGAUGUAUCUUGGGAAGGAUACGAAGAGAUACCCCAGUGGGUAGUAGAAGGCUACACUACCAUGCUCACCGAAACAGACGCCCAGCUCAAAGCCAUGCACAUCCCCCCUGUAACCCACGCCAUAGCCGCCUGCGGAGUAGGUUCCUGGGCGCAAGCCGUAACCAUGCACUACAAGGCCCCCUCCAACUCCCCACCCGCCUCUGUCAUCACAGUCGAACCCUCCACAGCAGCCAGUCUUCUCGCUUCCCUCUCCGCCGGAAAAAUCACACCCAUUCAAACUGGCCAUACGAUAUGCAACGGGAUGAACUGUGGAACCACAUCCACGACGGCAUGGGACGUGCUGAGAAAAGGGGUGGAUUUAAGUGUUACGGUAGAGGAUAUCCAUGUUCACAAUGAUUUGUUGGAGUUGCAUGAAACUGGGGUCAGGAAUGGGCCGUGUGGAGCUGCGACGUUGACGGCGUUGAAGAAAGUUUGUGGGGAUGGGGAGACGAAAAGAGUGCUGGGCUUAGGGGAGGAGAGUGUGGUGGUGUUGUUUAGUACAGAGGGGGAGAGGGAGUAUGAAGUUCCAGUGGAUGCUUAAAAGUGUGUGUUUCAGGGAUGGGAUAUAGUGUAGUAUAUACAUGGCGGUCAGAUUAGGGAGAGUUUUACGAUAAAGAGCGAUGAAUGUAGGAGAUAGUACAAUACUUAGCUCGCAAUAUAGGCAACGGAAUAUGU